AUGGCGGGGCUGACGAGCCUGGCCUCUGCGCUGAGGGAUAUUGCAACGCCGGCAGGGAGGCUGCACGCGGCUGGGGCGGUGGCAAACCACGUGUAUGGGGCAUCUGAGCCUGGUCACGCGGCGAGCUGGCGGCCGCGCACAUACGCGGAGAACAAGAGCAGGUACCUCUGGACGGACGCAUUCGGCGUGGUCAACUACAUAACUCUUGCAGCGGAGACCGGUCAGAGGGUGUAUCUGGACCAAGCCGCCGCGCUGAUCACGGCCGUGCACGACACUCUGGGCAAGACACGAGAUGGCAAGCGGCGGCUGGGUGGUGCCACCGACGCGGAGCCAACCAGGGGCGGGCUGAGGAUCGGCAAAGCGCAUGGGGAGGGGCAUCCGGACGGCGACGGCCAGUACUUCCACUACCUCACCAAGUGGGGCUUUGCCCUCAACCGCAUGAGCCUGGCCAGGGGUGACGACAAGUACAACCGGUGGGCGGUGCAGCUCAUGGAGGCCGCCCACCCUCACUUUGUGGACGGCAGCGGCGGCCGCGAGCCGCGCAUGUGGUGGAAGAUAAGCAUCGACAUGUCUCGCCCGCUGGUGAACAGCGAAGGCAACCUGGAUCCAUUUGAUGGGCUGGUGACCUACCGCCUGCUGCAGGAGACGGCGGGGGACCCGUCGGUGCUGGCUGCACAGAUUGACGACAUGGAGCGCAUGGUGGAGCGCAAGUACCGCUGGUACCGCAGCAGCGACCCGCUGGAUCUGGGUGAGGCGCUGUGGCUGGCCCACUGGGGGCUGCCCGGCCAGCCCUGGGCGCAGCUGGUCACCCAGCGCUCGCUGGCGGCGCUGGAGGAGCUGUGGGGCGAGGGCUACUUCCGCCAGCCGGAGGGCUGGCGCCUGGCCUUCCGGGAGUUUGGGAGCACGCUGGGGGUGCAGGUGAACGAGCUGGCGGGCGCGGAGUGGCGGCAGCGCUCGGGCCAGCUGCACCAGUUCUGGGCGCAGCGCCUGUUCACGCGGGACGCAGACAUCACUCCCGUCAUGUUUUGUUCCAGCCUGGUGCCGGGGGCGUGGAGCAGGCAGUACGGCGACAAGCUGAGGCAGCUGCAGCGCACGCUGGCAGCCAGGGAGGAGUGA